CUUGAAUCCGAUGAAAUCGGGAGUGCAAGAAUUGAGUGAAGUGUGAUAUCGGCGCCAAGUGUCGCGUGUCCUGCUGUCGCUUGCAUCGAUGGCAGGUUCGACUGGAGGUGAAAUUCAAUGGCAGUUCUCUCAGGUCAAGGGAACCCUCGAUGAUGAAGUCACAGAUGCUGACAUAAUCAGCUGUGUGGAGUUCAACCACGAUGGAGAACUAUUAGCCACGGGAGACAAAGGGGGUCGAGUUGUAAUAUUCCAUUGCGACCCUCCCUCGAAACGGAGCGUCGGAAGCGGAUCUGCAGGAGAAUAUACUGUUUACUCUACAUUCCAGAGCCAUGAGCCAGAAUUUGAUUACUUAAAGUCGUUAGAGAUCGAGGAGCGAAUCAAUAAGAUCCGUUGGCUCCGUCGGAAAAACCAAGCACAUUUCCUCCUGUCCACUAAUGAUAAAACAAUAAAAUUAUGGAAAGUCAGCGAACGAGACAAGAAAAUCGAAGGCUACAAUCUUCCACCGGAAGGCCCGCUCCCCACGUUGGCAGAUUCAAGUGAAAUUCGAGUUCCCACGGUUAUACCCAUGGAGCUCAUGGUUGAGGCUUCGCCUCGCCGAGUCUUUGCGAAUGCUCAUACUUACCACAUCAACUCAAUAUCGGUCAAUAGCGAUCAGGAAACGUACCUCUCAGCCGACGAUCUUCGGAUCAAUCUUUGGCAUUUGGAAUGCACCGAUCAAAGCUUUAACAUUGUUGACAUCAAGCCCGCGAAUAUGGAGGAGUUGACCGAAGUGAUUACGGCGGCUGAGUUUCAUCCACAUCACUGCCAUCAUUUCGUUUACUCGUCUUCGAAGGGCACGUUGCGGCUAUGCGACAUGAGGCAAGCAGCUCUGUGCGAUCAACAUGCGAAGCUUUUCGAAGAACCCGACGAUCCCACGAACAGGUCUUUCUUCUCUGAAAUAAUCUCGUCGAUCAGUGACGUUAAAUUCUCUCACUGUGGGAGGUAUCUCCUAUCCAGAGAUUAUUUGACCGUCAAGGUAUGGGACCUACAAAUGGAGAACAGACCUGUGCAGACCUUCGACGUUCACGAGUACUUAAGGACCCGACUGUGCACACUCUAUGAAAACGAUUGUAUCUUCGAUAAGUUCGAAUGCUGCUGGAAUGGAAACGAUGACUACAUCAUGACGGGUUCAUACAACAAUUUCUUCCGCGUCUUCGACCGGAACACUAAACGUGACGUGACACUCGAAGCGUCCCGUGAAAUCGCAAAGCCCAAAACUAUUCUCAGGCCCAAAAAGGUGUUCGCUACGCAAACCGGUGUCGGAAAGCGUAAGAAGGAAGACAUCACCGUGGAUUGUCUCGAUUUCGGUCGGAAAAUCCUGCACACGGCCUGGCAUCCUCAUGACAACGUUCUCGCCGUGGCCGCUACGAACAACCUAUAUCUUUUCACAGAGCGGAGAUCGUCUGGAGGGAUUCAAGCGAAUAAGGAUACCGACCGCCGACAGGAUGGCAAACAAGUCCAGGAGCAAGAAAACUCAAUCGCAGCCGUCAUCCCAGGAAGUGCCCUUAUCGAGUCAAAGUGAAGAAGAGGAAUACCCCGAUGAUUUCGUCAUUCAGGAUGUCGACCUACUCCAGCAGCAUGGAAUCAAU